AUGGCGGUGCCAUCGCCGGACUUCAUACCAGGCACUGUUCACUUGGUUGACCUUGAUGGCACCAUGCACUCUCGACACGCCGAUGGCAAUCGCCGAGAUAUCGUGCUCGUUCCCUCCCCUUCGGAUGAUCCUGAUGAUCCUUUGAACUGGAGUCAUCGAAGGAAGACUCUGCUUCUCAGCUGCAUCUGCGUGUACUGCCUCUCCGUCGGCAUUGCGUCGUCUGCCAUCUACUCCGUGCUUGUCCCAAUAUCAGCUGCUACGAAUCUGACCAUUGCGGACCUGAACUCCGGAACUGGCUAUAUGUUUCUGGCUUUUGGUUGGGGCUGUCUGAUCUGGCAACCACUUGCUCAGAAGCUCGGCAAGCGUCCUGUAUAUCUCCUGUCAUUGUUGGGCACUGUGGGGAUGAUGCUUUGGGCUCCUAAUACAAAGAGUAACGGCCAAUGGAUCGCGAAUAAAGUCCUCCAGGGCAUGUUUGGUGCACCCAUCGAAUCUCUAUGUGAGAUAUCCAUCGCGGAUGUUUACUUCGCUCAUGAAAGAGGCACAUACGUCGGCCUCUACGCUCUCUUCCUGGUUGGGUCGAACUUCGUGGCACCAGUCAUAUCUGGUUUCAUUAAUGAUGGUCAAGGAUGGCAGUGGGUGCUGCACUGGUGCGCAAUAUUCAACGGCAUAGCAUUCGUUAUCAUAUUCUUCCUCAUGGAGGAGACAAACUUCAGCCGUGCCAUCACUGCACCCACGACCGACGAGGGCCCGAUACAGCCUCAACCUGACAAGGCCACGCCGCAUUCAGCAGACGAAGAGAAGUCUGUCAAUGUAGCAACCGACAUCGAGCAUGGGACCAUCCUGGCGCCAUCCAAGAAGACAUACCCUGAGAAGCUCCAGAUCUUGCGAAAAGAAGAUCUGCGCAAUAAAGUCCCGCUGAUGAACAUGGUGAAAAGGACUUUUGUCUACUUCUCCCUCCCCGUCGUCGUGUUCUCCGGCUUCAUGUACGGCGCAGUCGUGUGUUACUUUAACAUUCUGAACGCUACUGCGUCACUUAUUCUCUCCGGAGCGCCCUAUCACUUCUCUGCUAGCAUGGUCGGUGUUUCCUACGUGGCUUGCCUCAUCGGAGUGGGUUUAGGGACGUACUAUUCCGGUCCGUUGGGGGACAAGUUUGUCCUCUGGAAAACCCGGCGGAGUAACGGUAUCAUGGAACCCGAAUAUCGCCUUUGGCUGUAUGUCGCCCUGAUGGCCGGUAUUCCCGGUGGUAUGAUUCUUUGGGGUGUUGGCGCAGCUCAUCAAAUUCACUGGUUUGGCAUGUUAUUUGCCAUGGGAGUGUUUGGUGCCGCCGUCACUGUCGGCUGCCAACUGCCGAUCAGUUACUGCAUUGACUCUUACAGAGACCUUGGUGCCGACGCGAUUGUGACUGUCAUCAUCAUCAGGAAUACAAUGAGCUUUGCCAUUAGCUACGGUGUCACACCCUGGGUAACAAAUAUGGGCUACCAAAAUGCCUUCCUUGUGGCAGGAUUUGCGGCCCUGGCUCAAUUGUGCUUAGUCUUCGUUUUCAUCAAAUGGGGCCGUCAUUUCCGCAAGGCGAGCGUCGACCGUUAUUGGACAUAUGUUCAGGAGGUCAAGGAUGAUGGCCUGCUUCAUUGA